UCGGGAGGCUGCGUCAUUGUAAGAUGGCGGCUCGGUGAGUGCCAUGAGUUUGGGGAAGCGGGAGCUCAGCGGCCGGUUGUGCGGUGUCAUUAGGAGCUCGCGCUGCCCUGUAGCCCGGGGCAGUUACAGGGGGCCUCAGUGACCCCGCGAUGGAGAAUUACAAGAAGGUGAAGACUGUGGAGAAGGAGCUGGCGGCUCCCGUCCAGGGGCUGCCGGCCGACGUCAUCGAGAUGAAGGUGAAGGACGGCAGCAAGAUCCGAAACUUAAUGGGCUUUGCUGUAGGCAAGAUGGAGAGCGAGAGCGUGCGGCAGAUCGCGUUCAGCGGCUCCGGGAAGGCUCUCGGCAAGACGAUCACGUGUGUGGAGAUCAUGAAGAGGAGGCUGAAGGACCUGCACCAGAUCACAAAGAUCUGCUUCCGGCAGACGGAGGAAAUCUGGGAGCCGAUCGUUCCCGAGGUGGGCCUCGACCCGCUGACGGUGAAAAGGAACAGCCCGGCUAUAUUCGUCCUGCUCAGUAAAGACCCUCUGGAUGCCGCUGAGCCGGGAUACCAGGCCCCCGGGAGCUACGAGGCUCAGUGGAUCCAGGAACUCAAGGAAGAGUCGAAGGGGCAGAAGAAGAGGAAGCCGGGGCCAGGCAGGGGAGGCUUAAGUGGUAGGAAGCAGCCCCGGCCCCCCGGUGGCCGCCAAGACGCACCUAAGAAAACGUAACACAGAAGCAGACUUUUUUUUUUCAUAUACAAAAAGAAAAUAAAGCCGGUGGAACUGAAGCGUUAAACGGCUCUGCGGCCCCCCGGACCGGAUCACCGGCUCGGAUCGUAUACGGAAAGAAUAAACAGGUCGUUAAAUUCAUAUCGAGGCCUUUCCCUUGGGUUGGAAUAACGAGGAAAGCGCUGGGUGCGGACUUCAGGGGGGCCGGGGGGUUACGCCGUCACCAGGACUCAUUAAAAAAAAUGAAAUAAAUGCCCGAUAUGCUGAAAACGCCUGAA